ACGACGCGCAGCGUCGUUUGGGUAAAAUACCCAGGUACAGCCAACUUGGCUGUACCCCCUGCCAUUGUUAGGCGCGUGAAUCCCACGCGCGGGUAGUUAAUUUUGAAAAAAAAAAUGGCACGUGAGGGUAAUAAUUUCGCGCAGGAAUGGCCUAUAAAUACAAAAAAAAAAAGAGGAAAAUCAUUUCGAAAACCGUUCAAAUUCUCAGCACGCAAAAAAUUUUCUCUCUCCUCUGCCCACUCUUCUACUUCGUUGUUUUCUCUCUCUUAAAACCGCCAUUAAACUUCCUGCAACCACCUCAAUCAACUUUCUCUCUCUUCAAACCGCUACUAAUCUUCAUUAUUAAAGCUGAAUUUCCACAAAAUAUCAAGAGAAGAAAUCUGUGACUUCUUUUUACUGAAAAAAAAAGAGAAAAAUGGAUGUUCGUGACGAAAUUGACAUGAACAAGCUUCAAAAUCCACCGAAAAGCAAAAAAAAAACGAAGAUGCCGAAAGAAAAAAAGGAAACGACUGGAAGAUCUAGUGAAGAGCAAAAAAUCGGGAAUGCAAAGCAACUAGACAUGAAGGAAACUGGAAAAUACGAAAUUGAGAAGGAAAUUGAAGCUGAAAAGCAAAUAGACACAUUCCAAGAACAACCACAAAGGUUAAUACUCAAAUUUAAGCGAAGACCAACUAAAUCCCAGCCAGAGGUUCAGAAAGUAUUAAGUGAAGGAGAUGGGAAGGCAUGUACAACUUCUGAGACAGAAGUUCAAAAACCAUUGAGUGAAGGAGAUAAGAAAUCUUCGUCAAAAUCACAGCCUGAAGUUCAAAAAACAUCAAGUGAAGAAGAUCAAGAAGAGUCUUCAAAAUCUUUGGUACAAAGAAAGAUUGCUACAAAAAAUAGGGGCAACAACUUACUGAAACAACUUUUAGCAAAGAGCAUAAAGCAGAACAACAAAAAAAAGGCUGCACAAAUGGUAGCUGCAGCUGCUGCUGCUGCAAUGGCCAGCAAAGAAGCUGACAAAAGGAUAGAUACACCUACCGUUGCAGCACAAAUAGAAGCUGAGAAAAUGGCACCUGCAGCUGAUGCAGAAGACAAAAGAGUCGCUCAAGAAAAGGCGUCUGCAGCUGAGAAAGAAGCCAAAAGAGUGGCUGAGGAAAAGGCAUCUGCAGCUGAUGCAGAAGCGAAAAACUGGAUGAGGAGAAGGCAUCUGCAGCUGAUGCCCAAAGAGAAGCUGAGCUGA